CGCCGCGUGCGUUCCGAGCGGCCGGUUUGAAACAGGCCUCGACUCCUCGUGGUUAAAUGGUUAAAGCUGUUAUCGAGGGUUAGCUCUGUCAGCGCCACUCGCCGGGUGCACGCGCGCGUGUUGUCACUACCGCGCACGCCGCGUGUCUCGACGCACAUCGGGACCGAAACGGGUUGAAAAACACGAUCGAAUUUUAAAUUCAAAUAAAAAUAAAAAAGAAAUGGCAAUAAAAUAAAGUACUAAGUCAUAAAUAAACGAUUUAUUCGGAAUUUAAAUUUAAUUUCCAUUCUUUUUUUUUGAAAAGCUCCUUUUGAGUUUUUAUUGGGCAAGUGUACUAGCGAGUGUUGAGCCAGCAAGCAUGGGUACUGAUGCUGUCGAUGGAGCGUGGCUGGAAGGCUGGGGCAGGUGGCAGGCGCGGCUGGCGGCGCUGCUGGCGCUGCCUGUCCUGCUCACCGGCGUCUACGGCACCAACUACGUCUUCCUCGCUGCGCAUACGCCUUACAGAUGCCACGUCCCAGAGUGCGAAGCCAACCACACCCUGCAGCAGGCGCCGUCAGUUGAGGAAUGGGCCCCCGAGUGGUCCACGUGGGCCAUGCCCGAGGACAUUACGGAGUGCAAGCGCUGGAAGCCGGUGGACCACGCCUGCGGGGCCGACUCGUUUGACAACAACACCAGGCUGGAGUGUGAUAACUUCGUCUACCAAUACAGAAGCAGUAUUGUACCAGAGUUUGACCUGGCGUGUCAGGAGUGGAAGCGGUCGUUGGUAGGCACCUUCCACAACAUCGGGAUGCUGAUCUCCCUGCCGAUCAUGGGAUAUGUUUCUGACAGGUAUGGUCGCCGCGCGGCGCUGGUGGUGAGCGGCGCGGGCGCAGGCGUGCUGGGGCUAUGCAAGUCUUUCGUCACCUCCUACCACACAUACUUGCUCGCCGAGCUGCUCGAGACCGUGCUGGGCGCCAGCGUCUACCCCGCCGCUUUUGUACUCAUGAUAGAAUGGUUGGGCGUCGGGCAGAGAAUCCUAGCUAGCUUGGUGCUGGGCAUUCCGCUGGCGAUGGGAGCUGCUACGCUGUCACUUCUGGACUACCUGACGGGCUACUGGCGGCUGUGGGCGCGCGUAGCCUACCCCCCCUCCUUCCUGCUGCUGCUCUACCCCUGGGUGCUGCCUGAGAGCGUACGGUGGCUUGUCACCCGAGGCCGGUUAAAUGAAGCUGUGCAGGUGAUCAAGAAGGCGGCGAAGUGCAACCGGGUGACGAUCCCGGAACAAGCCCUAGAGAAGAUGCUGGUCAGCGAGUCGGAGACGCUGACGGACAAGACAGCAGUGCCUAUUGAGGAUGAGAGCCUGUUCCGAGCCUUCAUCAAAUACGGCGCGCUGCGGCGGCGGCUGUGCGUGUGCUUCGUGUGGUGGAUAUCCGCCGUGUUCGUGUUCUAUGGAUUGGCGGUGCGCGCUCAUGCGCUGGCGGGGUCUGCGCAUGCGAACUACGCGCUAGUAGCUGCGGCUGAGCUGCCGGCGCUGCUGGCUAACACGCUGCUGUUGGAUCGUGUCGGACGACGGCCUCUGCUGACUGCUGCGUUCUUACUGACUGCAUUUGCGUUGAUCGCUAUACCGUGCCUGCCUGACACGGCAAGCAGCUCGAUCGGUACGGCGUUGUACCUGCUGGGCAAGGUGGGCGUGACGAUGUCUCUGAACGCCCUGUACGUGUAUAGUGCUGAGUUGUUCCCGACGCGUGCGCGGCACCGCUUGCUCGCUGCGUGCUCGACACUCGGCCGGCUUGGGGCUAUAUUAGCGCCGCUUACGCCUUUGUUGGCGUCAAUCCGGUGGUGGGUCCCGACCGCGCUGUUCGGUUGUCUGCCGCUGCUGAGCGCGGCUCUAACCAGGCUGGUGCCAGACACGCUGCACCAGCGGCUGCCCGACUCCUUUGCCGACCUUGAACCAACCUCGGAGGACACCACCCUAGCCUGACCCCAGCAAUGCAACUUGCGCUGCCCUACCGCUGCUGAGUAGGGCUCUCACUAGGCUGGUGCCUGAUACGAGUAUACUGCACCAACGAAUACACCACUAUCGCCUGACCCCAGCAUUGUUGACUGCCCUGUCUGAGACUGGUGCCCCACACUCGCUUGGCCCCGACAUUAUAGGCAGCAUUAGAUACACUCCAUCUAAAAUAACCUCACUAUGCAGCCACGAGUAUCGUUUGGGUAUUUCCCACCACACAAAGAAUACUAUGUUAACCACAUAUUUAAAGUUUUGACAGCCAAGCUUAAUCGAAUUUACAUAAUUGAAAAUUAUACGUAAAUUGGUUUCAAUUUGGUUUGGCUGUCAUUCUAUUUCCUUGUACUUGUCGUGCCUGUCUAAGAUCUAUUUUAUGGUAAAGUCAAUGUCUGGUAUAAUAUCAUGAAAGAAAAACUAACGUUAGGCCUCGUUUAGUGUUUAGCAUUGAUUACUUUUACUAGUACUUAACUAGUAAAGUGUUCGAAAUUAAAAUACAUUUUGGUUGGAUCCAUGUCUCCAUGAGUUUGUAAACAUCUAGUAUUAAGAUAAUAGUAUAAGUAACUCGAUACUCAGUUUUUAGAGUAUUCGGUUGUGAUCGUCGCUUAUAAGGCAACGAUAAUUUAGAAAUAAAUAAUUAAUUGUAAGUCCUGUACAAAAUGUACAAUUUUAAAAGUAUAAUAGUAUUUUAAUGAAUCUCAACAAUUCGAUAUAAAAAGAUAAGUAUAAAGUAAAAUUUAAUUUUAAAAAUUGCAAAAAAAGCAAGUGAGUAAAUAAAAGUAAAAUGCAAUUUUACAAUUAAUUUGUAAAGUAAAAAAAUCUUUUGAAGAAA